GGCAGGCUAGUGGCGCCGUUGCUAGGCAACAACCGCUGUUGGUGGAGCUGUGCUCUAAGGCCUUAGCCAUGGAGAGGAGCGAUGUGAUCAACUUCAAGGCUCUGGAGAAAGAGCUGCAGGCUGCCCUCGCUGCUGACGAGAAGUACAAACGGGAGAACGCAGCCAAGUUACGGGCCGUUGAGCAAAGGGUACCCACCUAUGAGGAGUUCAGAGGUAUUGUUCUCGCUUCACACCUGAAACCUCUGGAACAAAAGGACAAGAUGGGAGGAAAGAGAUCUGUGCCCUGGAACUGUCACACUACCCGGGAAAGGACUUCUCAGGAUGUGGUCACUGAAAUGCCCCAGGAGAAAUCACCCUUCCAGCCCUCCACUUCUGCAGAAUUUUACCGGGAUUGGCGGAGGCACUUAAGAAGUGGGCCAGAGCGCUACCAAGCCCUGCUUCAGCUUGGGGGGCCCAAGCUGGGUCACCUCUUCCAGAUGGAUGUGGGCUUUGGCCUUCUCGGGGAGCUGCUGGUGGCGCUGGCUGAGCAUGUGAGGCUGAGCGACCGGGUGGCAGUACUAGGGAUCCUGUACAGCCUGGCUAACACGGGGCGGUUCACCUUGAACCUGAGCCUGCUGAGCCAUGCAGAGCGAGACAGCUGCCAGCGCUUGUUUCAGAAGCUGCAGGCCAUGGGCACCCCCAGACCCACGCAGGAGGGCCUCUGCGCGGAGGAGCCAUCUGCUGGGCUACAGGAAGAAGAAGGGCUCCUGCGGGAGCUGCUAGAACUGUAUGGGGUUCAGUGAUAGGACUGGCUGUCUUCAACAUUCCCCAGUGGUCUCAGAAGGCAUUUUAAAAAGACAUUUUAUGUAUAUGAGUGUUUUUCCUACAUGUAUGUAUGUGUGCCAUGUGGGUACCCAGUGCCUGUGGAGACCAGAACUGGGUGAUGGAGUCUCUGGAAGUGUAAUUGCAAUGGUUGUGAGCAGCCAUUCAGGCGCUGAAAUCAAUCCCAGGUCCCCUGGAAGAGGAGCCAGUGCUCUUAGCCGCUAAGCCAUCUCUCCAACCCCCUUGGAAGGAAUUCUGUGGUGUUUACCUUGUGUUUUCUGCAGAACUGUUGAAAGAAUGGUUGUAAGAAACCCACAGCACUUCCCUUUUCAAGUAGUGGGCUUUCCCACUUUCCCGACCCAUUAUUUGAUCUGUGUGGAUCUGCAGGAUAGCCAAUGGUUGAACUGGCUGAGAGAGUUUUGCCACCUACCCCUCAAGCCUGCCACACCCCUAAUGACAGACAACACUGAUCAAAACUGCUAACCAGAACAUUUAUAACCCCGAGCCAGUGAAUGAAAGCUAAUCAAGAAGGGGCAAAUGCUCCUCCAUCUGAGAUGCAGAAUUUCCCCUCAGGGACUCAAUUCUUCACAGGUGGAGCCUGGGAAAUCCCCAAGCCUUUGACUCAGGUCUGGCUAGCAUCCCAGAUGACCAGCUGUGCAAGAGAGGAUCUUCGUUAUCUAUCAGGUUGAUGAAAGGAUGUUCUCUUAGGCAGGCAGAGCAGAGGGUGCUUUCAGGUCAUUCUAGAUUCCCCUGGCCCAUUUUUGGGUAAGUGCCAGUGUUCUAGGAAGGUGAGUGCUAAGUUCUAGAAUGAUUUUCCCUCAAGAUCAGUCCUGGCACGUUAGAACAACAUUUUGUAC